UAUGCAUGUUGCAAAACGUGCUCUCGGCUUGGAAUGCGUGGUUGUGGCGUGUGUUAUUUUAAGUUAUUUGAUUGUUGGAAAGAUUUUAAUUCAUAUAUUUGAUUUCCAUUAGUAGUUAUUCAAAACAAAAUGUUUGCGUUAUUUGAAAGUCCGGCCGGAUACGCAUUAUUUAAGCUGACUGAUGAAAAGAAAAUUGAAAAAGCCGAAAAUAUUCAUUUGGAUUUCGAAACUCCAGAGAAAGCAAAUAAACUGUUGAAAUUGAAGCAUUUUGAAAAGUUCAAUGAUACCACAGAAGCUUUAGCCUCGACAACUGCCAGUGUUGAGGGUAAAAUAUCCAAAACUCUUAAAAAGGUAUUGAAGAAUUUUAUUGAUAAAAAUGAACAAAACGUUCUACUCAUUGGCGAUUCCAAAUUAGGAAGUGCCAUAAAAGAUAAAUUUGAAAUUCAGUGUUUGUCAAACAAUGCUAUACAAGAAUUGAUGAGAUGUAUAAGAUCUCAGGUGGAAAGUUUGAUUUCUGGUUUGAGCAAGAAGGAAUUAACUGCAAUGUCCCUAGGAUUGGCUCAUUCAUUGUCUAGGUAUAAACUGAAAUUUUCCCCAGACAAAGUUGAUACCAUGAUUGUUCAAGCAGUAAGUUUGUUAGAUGACAUAGAUAAAGAUCUUAAUAACAACUAUAUGAGGGUUAAAGAAUGGUAUGGAUGGCAUUUUCCAGAACUAUCUACAAUAAUCACUGACAAUUUAACUUAUGUCAAGGCUGUUACUGUUAUUGGAACAAGAGAUAAUGCGGCUACUUCAGAUUUAUCAGAUAUCUUACCCGAAGAUAUUGAAGAGAAAAUAAGACAGGCUGCAGAAAUCUCAAUGGGUAGUGAAAUAGCACAAGAUGAUAUAUUGAACAUCCAGAAUUUAUGUGAGCAAAUAGUUGAAAUGGCUAAUCACAGAGAUCAAUUGAAUAAAUAUUUAGAGAGUAGAAUGAUGGCUAUGGCUCCCAAUCUGUCAGUUUUGGUUGGUGAAUUAGUUGGAGCCAGAUUGAUUUCCCACUCUGGAUCCUUGAUUAACUUGGCAAAACAACCUGCCUCUACCAUUCAAAUUCUUGGAGCAGAAAAGGCUCUAUUCAGAGCAUUGAAGACUAAAAAAGACACUCCUAAGUAUGGAUUGAUCUACCACACGGCCCUUGUUGGAAAAUCAAGUACGAAGAAUAAAGGCAAGAUAUCCAGAAUGUUAGCUGCAAAAGCUGCUCUAGCUAUUCGUGUGGAUGCACUAGGUGAAGAUGGCAUCGUUGAUUUAGGUGCAGAACACAAAGCAAAAUUGGAAUAUCGCCUUCGCAUUCUGGAAGAGGGUAAUAUAAGAAGAAUAAGUGGUACUGGAAAGGCCCAAGCGAAAUUUGAAAAAUAUCAUGGUGUUAGUCAAGUUGUACAAUAUCAAUCAGCAGCUGAUUCAACAUUACCAUCGUCUAGUAAAAGAAAGUUUUCUGAUGCAUUCAAUACAACACAAGAAGAUGAUGAAGACAUUAAACCUGACAUGGUAAAGAAGGAGCCUACGAAUUUGGAUCAACAAGUAGAAGAAACUCCUAAGCAGAAGAAGAAGAAGAGGAAAGAAAAUCUUGAGGAAAUGCAAGCAGAAGAAAGCCCCAAGAAAAAAGUAAAACAAGAGAAGGUUGAAGAAUCAAAUGAAAAUCAAACUGAUGAAACCCCUAAGGAGAAGAAGAAAAAGAAGAAGAAGCAGGAAACUGAUGUUGAAACUCAACCAGAAGAACCUGAAACUACUGGUGAAAGUAAGAAAAAGAAGAAGAAGCAGGUAACUGACACCUCACUAAUUGAAGAAAAUAGUGAUGCUAUCACUAAGAAGAAGAAAAAGAAGCAAGUUGAAAAAGAUGAUUGAAUUAUUCUACUAUCUUUCGAUGAAAUCUGUUGAUAACUUUUCCCCAAUGUAAAUUAUAUCAGCCCCAUAUUUUCAAAUAAAUAUUUCUUUAGAGAAUUAA